GAGAAGUACUUGUAACACUGCCAAGUUCUAUAACAUUUCUCGAACGACAUUAAAAGACAAAGUUUCUGGUAAAGCCCCAUGGCGAAAAGAAUGGGUCCAACUACACUUCUAACCAAAGAAGAAGUAUUGGCAAAUCACAUUAACAGCGCCCAGCGAUGGGCGGUGCCUGUAACAAAGGAAACAGCCAUCUCUCUAGUAUCAUUGUUUUUGUCAGAUGAAAGGAAUGAGCAGGAGAUCAAUGGAGACCGGCCUUAUAAAUUUGAAGUUGGUGUCAGUUUAGUACCAGGAGAAUUAUGGUACAGAGGUUUUCUCAAGCGACAUCCAAAUAUCGUGAUUAGAAUGACAGAGAAUGAGUCUCUAAAUAUUUCUCGAAGAAACGUGAGUGAGUCAGUUGUGAAGCAAUUAUUUAGCGAUAUACGUUCCUAUCUGUCUGAUAAUGACAUGCUUGAUGUUAUUUUUGAUGAUAAAAGGAAUUUUAACAUUCACAAAAGUGGUUUCCUCCUCAGCCCAAGAGUCACUAAGGUUUUAGCAGAAAAAGGAUCUAAAAACGUUCACUACGGUAGCACAGGCAAAGAAAAGGAGCGCCUAACAUUCUUAGGUAGGAUUAUACUAUUUUGA